AUGGCGAAUCUCGAGGACACCGCGAUUCAGUUCGCAGAGACCAUCCAGACAGGCUCGAUCAAUCCGAAUCCAUCUGUCGACCGCGAUCUAGCUCCUGAGACCUCAAUGGACAGCAAACAACCGGUGACUUUGGAUCAUUCCGCAGACAUUGUGUCAGAAGCGGAGCGUGCAGAUAAAGAUGAGGUUCCACUUUCAAUACUCCGGCCAUUGCCCGAAAAGAAGAGACAGUCACCACAUCUACAGCUGCCGGAUCUGCGCUUUGAGCAGAGCUAUCUGACGAGCAUUCGUGACGCGAAGGGCUGGCAGGACAUUGCAUACAUCACUAUCAAAGAUCAGGUUUUGAUGCCCCUGCUUCAAGGAUUGGGAUGGACUCUUGUAGUAGCUGGCUGGCGGUACUCAAACUCGACAGCAAAGUUUACUGGGACAACCAUGGGCGCGAAGCUCAGGCGGUGGUGGUGGCAAACCAACAACUGGAUUAUUCCAGACCAGUCCAAGAGCAGUGGCCGGUGGAAUGACGACAAGACCGCCAGCCAACAUUCCCGCAACUCUUUUUUUGCCAACAGGCGAUGA